AUGCCAAUAGAGGGUAACGGCAUAAUGGGCCCACCGGCACCGAUGUACACCCGACCGCCGAUUGAUGACAGGUUGCGAUCUCAACUACAUGAUCUUGAAUCGGAUCAAAAUGCGGCUCCAUUUGAUGAAAUUCGAAUCUACGAAGAUGAAAAGGACACGGUAUCGGUGGUGACGUUGGAGUCUCUCGGCUCUAUACCGGGACACAGAGCGACAACCUGCCACAUGGGAGCAGCGCUUCACGUCGUGAGUAGUAAACUUAGGAGAAGAUGUUCUUCAAAAUGUCAAAAUAGCGCCCCUCUCAUGUCCCAACCCCAAAUCGUGUCCAUUCCUUCGUGA